UGUGACCCACCCAUUAGAAAACUACUUCCUGUUGUCCAUGAGAUCCACACACACACACACACACACACACACACACAGACAGACACACACACACACACUGAAACCCGCACACGCAGAAGGUUUUCCUGGAAUACUUUGCUGGUGUUUGCAGCAGCAUGCUUGGCCUGACAGCGGCAGCGGGACGUGCGCGAGCAAUGUUCCUAAGAGGACGCGUGGCGGCGGCCCUGACCUCCAACAGAGCCACCAUGGCGAGCCACGGUCACGAGGUGAGCCAGGUGGACCAGAUGUCCAAGCCCAUGUACUGGGACAGUGUGGACACGCCGCUGCCUGACAGGCCCUUCAAGGACCAGCUGAGUGCUGCAGACAAGAGCCUGAAAGAAAAGGAGAAAGGAUCCUGGCAGCAGCUGAGCAAAGAGGAGAAGAUAGCCUUGUACCGCAUGAUGUUCCGUCAGACCUACGCUGAGAUGAAUCAGCCCACAGGCGAGUGGAAGACGGUCAUGGGCGGCUUCUUCAUCUUUCUGGGCUUCACCGGUCUGCUGGUCUGGUGGCAGGGCGUCUAUGUGUACCCGCCACGUCCCCCGACGUUUGAUGCCGAGCUGCAGGCCAAACAGGUGCAGAGGAUGCUGGACAUGAGGGUCGGUCCCAUCCAAGGCUUCUCCUCCAACUGGGACUACGAGAAAGGCCAGUGGAAGUAAAACACAAAUGAAGUGGAAAAUACCAAAAGGAAGCAGAAAAUCACCACUACUGCUGUCUUUUAAAAUCAUCAUAUCAAUAAAGCUUGACUCCGUCCAA